AUGGCCCUCAACAACAUCAACAAUCUCCACGUCCACGUCCAAGUUGAUGAUGAUGCCCCACCCCCGCCCUACUCGGAAACCGACAUCUACUCCAACUCUGGGGCAUCUCAUACACCAACAACAAACACCACCUUGGCAUCGCCUCGUGCUGGUCUCGCCCCGCUAGAUGAUGCUGCUUCGCGAGAUUCGUCGUCCACCAGCGGCGAUGUAAUCUACACCCCUCCUCUUACGCCUCGGACGCCGUCAACAACGUCGCAUAGUCGGCCUGCGCAGCUUCACCUGCGACAACCGCAACCAGAGUCUGGCCCUGGACUGACCGGGGCCGCUCUCUACUUUGACUCGCGACCGGCUCCCGCUCCGACCGGGGCUCCUCCCAGGGAGACUCUUUUUCACACCGUCACGGUCGAGGAUACAUCUCUACCCGAGCACUUUCUGUACCAGAACGAAUGGGCUGCAAGAGACGUAACCCCCCAAGACUGGGCGACCUUUGUGAAUUUUCUGCUUCCGUCUCACAUCUUCAAGGAAAACGAAGCCGUCAUCGAACGGAAGUUGCGAGAGGAGGGCGGGAGCGAUGCUGCUUCGACCAGUGGCCGUUCUCAAGCCGAGGCGCAACUCGAUCACUUGCGGGAGAAUCCAGCAGCGACCACCAGGAGCAGACAAGAGAUUGAGGCAACGAUUCAUCAAUGGAAUGACGGCUUCUUCGGGCCAAGAGGAAUAAGCCUGAGCCUCGAUCCAGCAGGUGGCAGCGUUCGAAUGCCGGGUGGGUGGGAUGCUGGGUUGGAACAGCGUCUGCACCAGCACCAGCACGAGCAGAGGCAGCAGGACAGCAAGGCCGGACUUGGCGCUGAAAGCGGCCCUUCCAAUCGCGCAGGUCCUUCCUGGUCAUUUGGUGGCGGUUCGGGUUGGAAUCGUCAUGGUCGCGGCCAUGGUGACGGGCGUGGCGGGCAUCACGACCCCCAUGACCACGCACGCCAGCACCAAGUGGAUCGGCAAACUGAUGGCCGGGGUAGGAAGAGUUCCCAAGGCGAUGAAAAGUAUCAACGCUCGGGCUCCGUGUCGUCGGUUUCCUCGGCCUCCUCGAGCAGCUCCGAAUCCUCCAUUGGCUCGCUCCCGGAUUACGACCAAGUAAAGGACCACCAGCUGCCUCUGUAUGCGGAGAGACUGCGAGACUGGACCUCCCGCCCAGAGCAAGUGCGUACCAAGAACGAUGUCGACGACUUGAAGCUGGAACUGAAGCGAACAAAAGACGCCUCCAAAGACAUGCCGGCUGCUUGUGGCUUGGACAAGAAGGCUCUCAAAGCGCAGAUCAAGACCCUGCAAGCGCAGUGGAAAGCCAUCAAGAAGUCACAAAGGCAAACACGAAAAGCACGCAAACGAGAGCGCCGACAACGACGACGGGCUCAGAAACGGGAGAAAAGGCAGCAGAAACGAGAAAUGAAGAAGGCGUACAGGGAUGCGAAAAGGAGUCACGGUCCUAGUGGCACGCACUUUCCUCCAGCGCCUCCCCUUGCUCCGAUGCCCCUGAUGCCCCCGAUGCCCCCGAUGCUCCCGGCUGCUGCGAUGCCACCAGCGCCUCCUGCACCCCCUCUACCGCCGAUGCCGACUGCCGGCCCGGUUCCUCCUUGUUGGAACCAGAGCUUGCCGCCGGGACCGGGAGGUCCAUCGCAACGUGGCAUGUUCUUUGCCGGCCCGGAUGGCCCCCUUGGCCAACGGGGAGGACCAUUCGGUUCCCGCGGACCGCCUGGCGAACAAGGACCGCCAGGGCUGCGCGGUUUGUUCGGAGGAAGGGGCUUUGGUCGGGGCAACGGCGGCAGAGGGGGUGGCCCCUGGGGCGGGAGAGGCGGCCCAUUUGGAGGUCCUCGGGGAGGACCGUUUGGCGCCAGUCGGGGGAGAGGAAGAGGGCGAGGCAAAGGAAGCCCGCGCGACGCACCUGGGGCGUGGCCGGAGGAGGCCGAUGGCGAACGCGGUCAAGAAGCCGGCGUUACUUUGGCGCCGCCGUGCGCGCCGCCGUGCGCGCCGCCGCCUCGGCCUGCGCCAGGAGCAGCUUCCUUGGCCAAGUAUGAAGCGGCGGACCGUAUCAAGGAGGAGAUUGCCGAGCUGAGCAGCAAGGGUGCUGAUCUCAAAGCUGGCGCGGAGAAGAGAGCCACGGAGAAGCAGAUUGAGGCCCUGACGGAAAAGCUGGAGGCGGCGAGGAUGGAAGCAGACGAGGCAUAUGCCAAGGAGAUGGCGGCCAAAGACGCCGGGCACUACUAG